AGAUAAAAAAUAAAAAACAUCAUUAAUGUUUUAGAGAACCCUUUAACCUUAACCGAUACGUUUAAAAGUUUAAAUAAACCGUGUUUGUUUUUCAUUAAGGUGGUAUUUCCGUUCUUACCCAUAUUCGUCACCCGAACUUACAAAAGCUGUUACUUUCACUUGGGAAAAUUCAGUUUUUGUUCAGAUUUUGUUAAAAAAUAUUCACAAAAAAUGUUUUUCGUUUGGUUUUUUAUAUUUUAUUUUAAUUUCUCUGAAGCUAUUUUAAACAAUGAUUGUGUUUUUUUAUUCGUUAAUGAUGCCCCUAAGCAAGUAGAUGCGAUCAAAAAAAAUUGUAGUAUUUUUAAACUCGACGAAAAAGAUUCUAAUGAUAUAAGUAAAGAGAUUUUAAAAGAAGCUUUAAAUAAAAAUAUUAAGUUCUACAUUUUUUAUAAGCCAAAGAGCUUCGAGGAUCUUACAACAAAUAUGAAGAUAUUAUCUUUUGCAACUGAUGGAUAUUUUUUUGAUCUAUCCAACCGGGUUUAUUUCGAGGUACGAUUACUUUUAAUGUUUAAAAUUUAAUUAACGAUUUAACACAAUUUUUAGCACGUGGUUAAAAAUGAAAGUGCAGUAGGUCAUUACGAACAUAAAUUAAACUUUUUUAACCCAACACGAUUAAUUCUUAUUAAAAUACGUGGAGACAUCGAUAAUUUGCAAGUUAUAUCACCCGAAGGGGAAAAAUUAUUAUUAAAUUCACCAAGUCAAAUAAUAAAUUUUGGAAAUCUUACUUUUCUAACAUUAAAAGUGAAUCAAGGCGGUCCUUGGACGUUCAGUUUUGAUGCCAAAAAACGUGCAUACGUAAAUAUAAUAAAAGAAGACGCACAAAUGCUAGAUCAAGUUCGACACAAGCGAUUGGUUUCAUCAAAUAAUAUUCAAAGAUCACUGCCAGAAAUUUCAAUCGAGUUGAGUUCAAAUUCAAAACUUUUGACAACACCAUAUACAUCUGCAACAAUAUAUUUUGAAGUGACUAAUAAUCAAGAACAAGCUGUUUCUGUUGCAUUUACUUGUACUGAUUCUAAAAAUUUAUUGCAAAAUAUAAAUCCAGGGAGCGCAUACAUUAAUCCAAAUCAAACGAUAACAGUGACGGUUCAAUUAAGUGGGGAAAUUCCUUCUGGAAAUUAUGACGUUAUAACAUUUUCGAGUACAAGAUUUAAUGCAAAAAAGGUUGCUUAUUUGUACGUUAAUGAGGGCGAGAUGGAUUCAACUCAACCGGAGGUGUGGUAUAGUUUAAUAACAGAUUGUUCGAAUGUGGAAGCUUCAAACUGUCAAAGUAAAUCUUGGGAGGUCAACAUCUUCGCGCGAGAUAAAGAAACGGGGGUACUUCAAUUUACCUCUCAACCUCGUGGGAUUUACUUCAAUAACAACAACUUUAUUAGUGGAUCUAAAGAAGAAAUAGCUGGUCAUUACACAGCAAAUUGUUGCAACUCAAAAUUAACAGUUACAGCUGUUGACUUGAGAGGCAAUAAGAAUACUUUGGAAAUUAAUUCGUACGAAGAAAGUGCACCUCUAAGUGCUGGAUUUGCAUCUGCUAUUGCAUUGGGGGUUAUCUUGUUGGUUGUAAUAAUAAUAAUAAUUAUUUAUUUUAUUAUAAAACAAAAACGAAAAGGUUCUUUAGAUUUACCAACAUAUCGAGGGCCUUCAGGAAGUCGCACGCCUCUUUAAAACAUAUUUAUAUAAACUUAUUAUUAUCUACAACUUAAAAUUUAAUCAAUAAUACAAAUAAUAAAUAAUA